AUGCUUCAGUCAUUUAAGAAGACGUUUGUAGGGGGUCGGAAAAAUCACACACACGCAGCGUCGCACAAUGCAGGCAAUGCAGGAGCAGCUGCAGCAAGUGCCGCUUCGGGGGGAGCGGACGCUGUGGGAAGCCCGCAUCCGCCUGCAGGCGCCGCGAAUCCAACGGCUCUCGUUUGCCGCGUCCCGAACGAGAUUGCGCAGGCAGAUUUGUCGCAUUUCGCGGAGGAGGCAUUCAUCCAAAAGCUGCACCUCUGCAGUUACCUCUUUGAUUUUAACGACCCCAUGAAAAACAUGGAGGGGAAGGAGAUUAAGCGGCAAACUCUCCUUGAGCUAGUCGACUACGUCAAAUCCGGAACGGGGAAAUACAACGAGGCGGUAUUCAAAGGCAUCACGCGGAUGUUGGAGGUUAAUCUCUUCCGGCCGUUACCAUCGUCCGCGCACGAGAUGUCCGAGUCGGAAUCAAUCGAUCCGGAGCUAAAGAAGCCGACUAUGGAAGCCGCGUGGCCGCAUCUGCAAAUAGUAUACGAGUUCCUGCUUUGGUAUGUUGUCUCUAGUAGCGAGACCGACGCGGACGACGUGGCGAAGCGUUACAUAGACCAGGAGUUCGUCUUAAAGCUGCUGAACCUGUUCGACUCGGAGGACCCUCGCGAGCGGGGCUACUUGAAGACUAUCAUGCACCAGAUUUACUUGAAAUUCAUGGUUCAUCGGCUGUUCAUCCGCGAAGCGGUAAACAAGAUCUUUUACCAGUUUAUAAAGUCGGAGCGGCAUAACGGCAUCGCGGAGCUGUUAGAGUUUCUAGAGGAUAUUCUUAAAGGAUUUGUGAUGCCGGUUAGUAAGGAGGAGCGAAAGCAGAUCCUGGAGCGAGCGCUGGUUCCGCUGCACAAGCCUAAGUGCGUGUCGAUGUACCACCAGCAGCUGUCGUACUGCAUCACUCUGUUUGUGGAAAAAGACCCGAAUCUUGCGGAUUCGGUGCUGCUCGGGUUGCUUGAGUUCUGGCCCUUAAGUAACAACCAGAAUGAGCUGCUUUUCCUGGAAGAGUUGGAGAAGAUUUUGGAGCUCACGCAGGAGCUCGAGUUCCACUUGGUGAUGACGCCGCUGUUCCAGCAGAUCGCGCUCUGCCUCAGCUCCUCCCACUUCCAGGUGGCGGAGCGCACGCUGCGCCUGUGGGGCAACGACUACAUCGUGGCGCUCGUGGCUCAGAACCACGACACCAUCUUGCCGCUCAUCGUUGCUGCUCUGGAGCGCAGCGCUGAAAGCCACCAGAAUCAGGCAGUGAAAGAGCUGGCCAUCAACGUUCGCAUGAUGUUUCUUGAGAUGGAGGAGGGGCUCUACUACGAGUAUCAUUGCCAGUUCCCAAAGGAAAAAGUUAAUCUGCAGCUCUUUCCUAAGCUCAGCUCCUUCCUACCCCAUCUGGCUGCUUGUAGUGGCCUUGUCUAG